AUGCUUAGAUACGCAAGAACGCUAAGAAGUUUAAAUACUUUAAGAAAUAACCCGGCUAGAUCUACUAAUACUACAACAAGAAAAUUGUCUACUAGUGACGCCAGUAACACGGCUUCUACGUCUUCUACUAAUAAUUUGGAUAAUAAAAAUUCGUCAUUUGGAAGAAAUGUGGUUAAUAUUGCCGCUAUUGUGGGACUAGCGGGUGGUUCGUUUAUCACCAUAUAUAAAAUCAACAAAUUGGGUGAUGAAAUAGGUGUUAUCAAAGAAGAUAUAGGUCUUAUCAAAGGAUAUUUAUUCGCAGGAAGUGGAGAACGCUUGAAAACUGAACAAACUGCAACUGCAAAUAUUGAUCAAACUGAAGCCAAAGAACCUUGGUUCAAAUUCUUUAAUCUCUAA